AUGGCCGACCAAGACGAUAACCAGAGCUUCCAUAACUCUCCCCAAGAACCUGUUAUUGUGCCGCCAGGCUUUGAGAGAUAUAGGCAGUGGCUUUCCCCGAAUUGGAGGCAACACGCUCAGCACGGCUUGCCCGUGUACAUUCACCGACCAUCAAGCAUCAUUCGUCCAGAGCAGGACAUCGCGGGCGAUAAUCCCACGGCGGACGUAGUACAAAACAUGCUCGACUACUCCCAACGCAUAUGUGCCGUGCCAGCCGCAGUGUUACAGUUACCCGGAACUGUGGACCUCGUCUAUCCGGAAACUGUGAGUACAAAGAUCAUCCAGGCCGCACUGCGGUGCGGGCCCGAAGCUGAAAAUGGGCAUGUCACGUAUAUACAUGAAUCGGGGGAUAUAGAGUUGCGCCUCGCUGACAUUUGUGGUCAUGUGGCGAGCGCCACGGGAGAGGAUGUGGAGGAGCUAUCGUUGGAGGAAUGGAUUCUGCGUGCACAAGAAGUUGGGUUAUCGGAUUCUAUGGCAGCUGUUUUCCGUGGAAUAGGGUCCGCCGAAACGCUCAACUUCCCAAAGCUUCUAAGAGACUAG